GGCCCAGGAUGGGCCGGGAGGCGGGUCCACUUAAAGGCUUGGGCACUAGCAGCCCGUCGGCCGACAGGUGCCGGUUUAGCGGACCAGGCGCUCCACCCCACGACGCCCAUCUCGGGGGCUGGCUGUGGGGGUGGGCCGUGCUGCCUGACAAGGCUGGUGAGCCUCCCAGGCAGAAUGGAGGCCGUGGCUCACCAGGGCUCCCGGACCCCUCUGGAAUUCGGGGGACCUCUGGGCGCUGCGGCACUGAUGCUGCUGCUCCCGGCCACCGUGUUCCACCUGCUCCUGGUGGCCCGCUCCGGGCCGGCGCGCCUCCUGGGCCCGCCCCCCUGCCUGCCAGGGCUCGGGGCGCUGUGGAGCCCGCAGGCGCUGCUGCUGUGGCUCGCCUGGCUCGGCCUGCAGGUGGCGCUCUACUUUCUGCCGGCGCGCAAGGUGGCCGAGGGGCUGGAGUUGAAGGACAAGAGUCGGCUGCAGUACCCCAUUAACGGCUUCCAGGCCCUGGUGCUGACCGCCUUGUUGCUGGGGCUAGGGGUGUCAGCCGGGCUGCCCCUGGGGGCCCUCCCUGAAAUGCUCCUGCCUUUGGCGUUCGCCGUCACCCUCACUGCCUUCCUCUUCAGCCUCCUCCUCUACCUGAAGGCCCUGGUAGCUCCUGUCUCAGCCCUGGCACCUGGGGGGAACUCAGGUGAGAGAGAUCCCGUGGGAUCAACGAUGGGGACACAUGGGGGCGCUUGCCCAGCACUUUCACCCUCUUGCUAUUCUUCAGGUAAUCCCAUUUACGACUUUUUCAUGGGAAGGGAGCUCAACCCGCGCAUCUGCUUCUUGGACCUCAAAUAUUUCUUCGAACUGCGGCCUGGCCUCAUAGGCUGGGUUCUCAUCAACUUGGCGCUGCUGGUGCAGGAGGCAGAGCGACGGGGCAGCCCCUCCCUGGCCAUGUGCUUGGUCAAUGGCUUUCAGCUGCUCUACGUCGCUGAUGCUCUCUGGCACGAGGAAGCCAUCCUCACCACCAUGGACAUCACACACGACGGGUUGGGCUUCAUGCUGGUCUUUGGAGAUGUAGCCUGGGUCCCCUUCACCUACAGCCUGCAGGCCCAGUUCCUGCUGCAUCACCCGCAGACCCUGGGACUGCCCAUGGCCUCCUUCAUUUGCUUCAUCAAGGCCAUUGGUUACUACAUCUUCCGUAGUGCCAAUUCCCAGAAAAACACCUUCCGGAAGAAUCCUUCGGACCCCAGCGUAGCGGGGCUGGAGACCAUCUCCACAGCCACAGGGCGGCAGCUGCUGGUGUCUGGGUGGUGGGGUUGGGUCCGCCACCCCAACUACCUCGGAGACAUCAUCAUGGCUCUGGCAUGGUCCCUGACCUGUGGAACCUCCCACCUGCUGCCCUACUUCUACGUCCUGUACUUCACGGCAUUGCUGGUGCACCGGGAGGCCCGCGACGAGCAGCACUGCCUGCAGAAAUAUGGCUUGGCGUGGGCUAAGUACUGCCGGCAGGUGCCUUAUCGAAUCCUGCCCUGUAUCUACUGAGGCUUGGGGGGAUGUGCUCACUGGGCCACCAGCAGCCACCUGGGCACGCCCAGACUCAAGGGCCUGCCCCCACCAGCCUUGAGCACCACCCAAGGCCAGAGAAUUGGGGUUAGACUGCCUUGGAGAGCGGUGGGUUAGAGUACGGGAAUAAAACGUGCCCCCAAAUCCAUGGGUGGGGGCAGGACUGCUCUCCCUUUAUGGAUAAACAUCUGAACUCUCA